GCAGGCUCGUUCAGCCAUGUUAGUUUUCUGAGCUGUUCACAAACGAUGAGAGAGAGGAGUCAUGGCCUUGUCAUUGAGCGGAGACGAUGAGGAAUAUGAUUCAGAGUCUGAGCAGCAGCGGGCGGCCAACCGGCCAAAGCCCAAGAUGGGGACGAGCUCUGCCGUCAAGCUGCCGUCCAACCGCAGCUCGUCCGGCGCCAGACGCAGGAGGACGCGCUGCCGCAAGUGUGAGGCGUGCCUGCGGACCGAGUGCGGAGAGUGUCACUUCUGCAAGGACAUGAAGAAGUUUGGCGGUCCCGGGCGCAUGAAGCAGUCGUGCAUCAUGCGGCAGUGCAUCGCGCCCGUCCUGCCUCACACUGCAGUGUGUGUGGUGUGUAAAGAGGCGGGGAAGGAAGACACACUCGAGGACGAGGAGGACAAGUUUAACUUCAUGCUGAUGGAGUGCUCCAUCUGCAACGAGAUCGUCCAUCCCAACUGCCUCAAGGUGAACGAUGCCUCUGGAGUGGUGAACGAUGAGCUGCCAAACUGCUGGGAGUGCCCCAAAUGCAACCACGCAGGAAAGAGUGGAAAAGUACUGAAGCAAAAAAGGGGUCCAGGGUUCAAGUACGCCUCCAACCUCCCCGGCUCCUUGCUGAGGGAACAGAAGCCGGUGAAGGAGGAGGGAGACGUUUCUUCGGCGCCCAAGAAGAGGCCCGACAGAGAGGAGACGCCCAGAUACAGACCCGAGGACGCUCUGCUCCGGCAGCCGCCACUGCUCUCCCCCAGCAGCCUGCCUCGGCCCAGGCCCGAAGACAAGCUGAGGAAGAAGAGGAAGCUCUUUGAGGAUGAUGAGGACGACAGCCUCAGUGUAAGGAAGAAGAUUUGUGAAAAGUCAGAUGAUCCUUAUUUUUCCAAACUUCUACAACAUAUCAAGACAGAAGAAGAGGACGAAGAUGGUUACGAGGAUGACGAUGAGGAUGUGAGGGAGCCUCAUUCCCGGCCUGGUGCGGAGAAGAGAGGUCGCUUUGGAGACACCGAGGAGGAGGGAGACUACAGGGACUCUAAGAUCGACCCUUUGAAUUCCUGCAUUAAAACGCCGGUUGGAGACAGCGACCAGUCGCACUGCAGCUCUCCGCAGGCCGGCCCCAGCAGCGAGGGCGGAAGUGAGACGCAGGAAAAGGGUCCCCGCCAGAAAACCCGCCGUAAGCGGCGCUUGCCCAACCGAGAGCUGAGCCGAGAGCUCAGCAAAGCACUGAACCAGGAGAUCCAGAAGACCGAGGACUGCCUGGCCAACGAGAACCGCCACCCUGUGAAGGUGGAGCCCGAGACGGAGAACGAAGAACCCAAGAGGCUGUUCCGCAACGGCAACGAGCUCGGCGAGCAGAGGCCCCACCUGAAGACCAAAGAGAUGAACGGGACGCCCUGGGAGCUGCGCCACUUCUACCCGAGCCCCAUCGCCCCGCUGGGCUUCAACCGCAGCACGCCGACCACUCGCCCGGUGCCGCCGCGCUCCCCUCCCAAGUGCGUCCAGAUGGAGCGGCACGUUAUCCGGCCUCCUCCGAUAAGCCCCCCGCCCGACCGGCUGCCUCUGAAAGACGGGAAAACACACAUCCUGCAGCGCGAAGUCUGGAUGACCAUAUUCCACCAUCUCCCACACCAGGACCUCUGCGUCUGCAUGCGAGUCUGCAAGACGUGGAACAGAUGGUGUUGCGAUAAGAGACUUUGGACAACCAUCGAUCUGAACCGCUGCAUCUCCAUCACUCCACUGAUGCUCAGCGGGAUUAUCCGACGGCAGCCGGUGUGUCUGGACCUCAGUUGGACCAACAUUUCCAAGAAACAAUUAAGCUGGCUUAUCAAUAGGCUACCAGGUCUGCGAGUGUUGAAGCUGUCGGGGUGUUCGUGGGCCGCGGUUUCAGCUCUCUGCACCUCCAGCUGCCCUCUGCUGCGAACCCUGGACGUCCAGUGGGUCGAGGGACUGAAAGACCCGCAGAUGAGGGACCUUCUCUCACCGACGACAGACAACAGACCAGGUCAACUGGAUAAUCGCUGCAAGUUGCGAAACGUGGAAGACCUGCGCCUGGCGGGGCUGGACAUCACCGACACGUCUUUACGUCUCAUCAGUCGACAGAUGCCUCUGCUGUCCCGGCUGGACCUGAGCUACUGCAACCACAUCAACGACCAGUCCGUCAACCUGCUGACCGCGGCGGGGACGACGACCAGAGACUCGCUCACAGAAAUCAACCUAUCAGUUUGUAACCGAGUCACGGAUCAUUCCCUGAACUUUUUCAAGCGCUGUGGCAGCAUCUGUCAGAUCGACCUGCGCUUCUGCAAGCAGGUGACCAAGACGGCCUGCGAAAGGUUCAUCGCAGAGAUGUCUGUGAGCGUGCCGUUCAGACUGAAAGAGGACAAACUGCUGCAGAAGGCAAGCUAGUUCCCAGCCGGAC